GAUAGGAUUUUGGCCCGACAUGGACUUUGGAUCCACUAUUCCAAGUUCGUUUGAGCUGAAAAGGAUCACUCUGGUCAGUGGUCAAGAAACAGAGCAACGACGAUGGCUGUAGCUUCAUCACUCUCAAUGAGCUUGGUUUCAACCGCAGCAGCAGCUUCUUCUGCAUCAAUAACCAAAAGGGUCCCCAUCUCUUCCUUAAUAUCAUCAGCAGGCAACGAGCCAUCAGUCAGUUUCUCAUCGGAGCCGUCCUUCCAUGGAGAAGCUAGCAAGUUGAAGAGACGACAACUGGUUUUGGGGCUUGGAGGAGCACUCACCACAAGUACUCUAAUCCCACUAAACUCUGCUUCUGGUGAAGAGAUAAUGAAGAAGUACCAGAGUUAUGUGGACCUUGAAGAUGGGUAUUCCUACAUCUACCCAUCAGAUUGGAGAGUGAGUCCUAAUGCUAGCAAUGUUCCCCUUUCUGUUGUUGCAUUGGAUAUUCACUGUGUUUUGAUGGUGGUGAGGGUGAGGUUCAUGCCGACGAGGAAGAAGGAUAUCCAUGAACUGGGUCCAAGGGAGCAGGUCAUAUCCGAUUUGAUCAGCAGCCAUGUUUGUGCUGCUCCAACCAAAAAACCCACCAUUUACUCCAUGCAAGAGAAAAGCGUGGAUGGGAAGAAUUACUACACGUUUGAGUAUGAGCUCACCUCUCCUAAUUACUCCAGCGUCUCCUUCGCCACCAUUGCUAUUGGCAACGGGAGGUAUUAUUACACGCUGAUCGUAGGAGCAAACGAGAGACGGUGGAAAAGGGUUCGCAAUCAGCUCAAAGUUGUUGCCGACUCUUUCAAGUUGCUCGACAUUUGAUGAUUCCUUACUGUAAUCCAGUUACAGGGCUCCUAGAUCUAUCGCCAAGCCAUACUCACAUUGCAUCAUCAUGUCAAUUAGCAUGAACCAAUGUUACAGUAGUUGAGGAAUGUUGAAAAAGCUAUAGAAUUAUCAACGUGGUUAUUUACAGAGAAAAAAGAUUACAACAAAUG